GUUACAGCAUGGUGACAGUGAGUUUAUAUAACGGCAGCUUUCCUUUCGCAUUUCUUCCAGUAUUCUGCACAGCUGCGCUUGCCGAGUUGCUCCUCAUCUCAAAUCCAGAAACAGGAAUAAUUUGGAGAAUUGAUUUGAAAUGCCAAACAAAGCACAAGAGGAUGCUGUCAUUAAUCUCAAAUCUAUACAAGACAUUGCGAAGCAGCUGGGGUUUGAAUGGACCAUCAUUGCUUAUGAGCUGGGUCUCACCAGGGCAGAAGUGAGACAGUUCCAUGCUGCUGCACAUGAGAAGAAAGCCCAGGCUCAGAAGAUGCUGGAAUGCUGGUAUGAGAGAUCGUGGAACAAACUGAACAAAACCAAACUUCUGCAGGAUGCUCUGGAGCGGGCCGGCCGGAAGGACCUGGCUGAUAAACUGCGAUGCCUGCACUGGGGCCACCAGAAACUCAGCAACAGAGUAGAGCUCCCCUCAGCAUUCCCCUUCCUCAUCACUGUGCACAAAACCAUCAACAACAGGGACGGGCUCAAGAAGAUCAAUGAGCUGAGCCGCAGGUACACUUAGACCAUCAGCACACCUACCCUGGCCAUUUGUAGUGUCCCAGUGUGUCAGCUGUCACAACAUGCUACCGCUUUGCCUCAGAUCAAUGGAUUAGACCCCUUUGUCUUUAAUAAGAAGCGCACAGUUUCUAACAGUUAUUGAUGUUAACAAGUAAAAAAAAAAAAAAAAAGUCAAUGAUUUACCACUGGAGAAAAUGUUUGAAAGUAGCAAAGCUAAUAGGGGCAAUUUUUUUUUUUUUUUAAUCUAAUAGAACCGCUCACAAAAACACCACACAAUUUACCGUAAUUCUACAGGUUGUAUUGGAGAGAAAAAAAACUAUUAUUUUACUUAAACUGCUAAGGUUGUCCUUUCAGAGCAAUAUAAAGAAGGGUCUAUUGGCAAUGCGAGAAAGCACACAGUUCUGUGCUUCACUGAUAAGGAAUGACUUACUUAAUUAGCUAAUAACAUAAUUCAUAUACACAACAGAUGCUUUUGAAAAUUCAAGAAAUGUAAAUAAUGUGCUAAUAACACUGCAUUGUUGAAAUAAUAAAUAACGUAUUUAGUG